UGUCGGAUAGCAGCAGUGAAUGUUCAGGUCCUUCCGUUACAUCUGGUAGAUUCUCUUAAGUUUCACGUCGAAAACCUUCGCAUGUAUUCAAUAACGGGUUCAUCUCAGCGGUGUUUUGUGACGGUGUUCGCUUUUGUCAGCUUCCAACAAAUGCUUCAUUAGCUCAUGUUGGUAAACUUGGUGCUAACGGCAGCAUUUUUACAGUGAUAGCUCAGAACAUGACGUAUGAAGCAAGUCACCAACUCAAAUUGAGUCACGAUCAUUUUUUAGGCUGGGAUCUUAAAUGGAGUAAGUGUUGAGCCUCAGUGAGAUGACUGACCAGGGCAGCAACAAUCACAACAUUUCCUGCAACCCCUUUGCUGCCCUCUUCUCCUCACUGGCUGAUGCCAGGCAGUUUGCAUCAAGCCAAAACCCUCAACAGCCGGCAUCUAAACCACCAUCGGAGGAGUCGGGAGGAAGCUACUCAGAGUCGGAGGCCUCCGUCACUGACAGCGUCGACGACAACGACUCCAUAGCAGAAAUCAGUCGCUCCUUCCGGUCCCGGCAGGAGCUUUGUGAACAGCUCAAUGUCAACCACAUGAUCCAGAGAAUAUUUCUAAUCACACUUGAUAACAGCGACCCCAGUCUGAAAGGAGGCAAUGGGAUCCCUCCUCGAUGUGUUUACCUGGAAGAUAUGGCUGCAGAGCUGGACGGCCAAGAUUGGCUGGACAGGGACAACGUAGAGCAGGCUCUGUUCAACCGCCUGCUGCUCCAGGAGCCAGGAAACCAUCUCAUAUACAUGACCUCCUGCAAUACAGUGAACCUGUCGGCUGACCGGGAUGCUGGAGAGAAAUGUGCCAUCCCUUACCUCUUUGCUUCUUACCUGAGGGCAAAAGAGGAGUUGACAAAAGUCCCAGAAAAAUUACAUUCAUUUGCCAUACACUGCAAGAACCUGACGGUGUCCAACGCGCGCACCGCUCUGCUCACCCCAGAGAUUUACGUCAACCAGAACAUCUACGAGCAGCUUCUUGACCUGUGGCUUGAAAGUUUCAGAACAGCACAGCCUGGGGAGGGGAUUAAGUUUGUGGAGGAGGUCAUUGCUGGCAUACUGUCCGACCAAGAGGUGCGUACCUUUGAGGAGGUGAUCGUUCCGGUCUUUGAUAUCUUCCAGGGGCGCAUCAAAGACUUAGACCUUUGCCAGCCUCUGCUCUACAACUACCUGGAUGUUCUCCUCUAUUUUUGUCACAAUAACGAUAUCGCCAAGGUGAUGAUGGAGCACAUUCAGCCCAAAGACCCAGCUAAUGGUCUGCAGUACCAGAACAACCUGCUGGGGAUGAUUUUGAACACAUCCUGCUUGCUGAAAACCCCGGGUGUUGUAGAGGGGCAUGGCUACUUUCUGAACCCUUCUCGCUCCAGUGCCCAACAAACAAAGAGCCAAGAAGCCAACAUUCACCAGUUUAUGGGUCAACUUCAUGAAAAACUGUACCAGAUCUUGAAGAGUUUGCUGCAGCGGUCCAGUGAGACACGCCACUUGCUGCUGACCUGGCUGGGCGGCUGUCUGCAGGCGAACGCAGGUCGUGCUAAGAUAUGGGCCAACCAGGUGCCCGAGCUCUUCUUCCAAAUGUUCGCCUCCGAUGCAUUUUUCCUCAACCUGGGGGCCGCUCUGCUGAAGCUGUGCCAGCCUUUCUGCAAGCCCCAUUCACCCAAGCUGCUAGACUUUGACCCAACAUACUGCGCUCUCAAAGACAUGAGCGAAGAAGACCGGCGUAAUCGCAGCAUCCACGCAAGAGGUCUUGAGAAGGAGACCUGCUUGAUCCCUUUGCCCCCUCAGCAGCAGGUGGAGUCUGCACUAAACUACACCCUGCUGACUGAAAACCUCGUCUUCACACAGCUCACCCUGCAUCUUGGCUUUCACCGACUCCAUGAGCAGAUGGUUAAGAUGAACCAGUCACUCCAUCGGCUCCAGGUGACCUGGCAGGACGCCCAGCGCAUGGAGAGCCCGCUGUCCGAUCAGCUCCUGGAGCAGUUUGAGCGUCUGAUGAUCGUGUAUCUGUCAACCAAAGCUGCCACGACGCAGCCCAUCAUGCUGCAAUAUUGCCUUAACCUGCAAGCUUCCACUGCUUCUCUGCUUGUUCAGCUGAGCAUGGGAAACCAGGGGCCCGAACAUGUAGCACUCAGCUUUCCCCUGGCAUCCCUGAACAACACCAGGCUCUGCUACAUACCGGAGUUUUUUGCAGAAAACAUUGGAGACUUCUUCAUCUUCCUGCACCGCUUUGCAGACGAGAUCUUGGAGACCUCCGCGGAAAGUCUGGAGCAGAUCCUUAACUUCAUAACUGUCUUCAUGGGAAACGUGGAGAAGAUGAAGAAUCCCCAUUUAAGAGCAAAGCUUGCAGAAGUGUUGGAAGCCGUGAUGCCUCACAUGGAGCCGCUGGCUCCUGGUGCUGCUCAGCCCAUCGUUUUCCAGAGGGAGAGAGUUUUCUGCUCCUACGCCCAUGCACCUCAGCUGGCUGAGGCCCUCAUCACUGUGUUUGUUGACAUUGAAUUUACAGGUGACCCUCAUCAGUUUGAACAGAAAUUCAACUACAGGAGACCGAUGUAUCCGAUUCUGAAGUACAUGUGGAGCAAAGACAGCUAUAGAGAGAGCAUCAAGCAUUUGGCAAACUAUGCAUCCGAGAACCUGGAGGCCAUGAACCCCCCUCUGUUCCUCAGGUUCCUCAACCUGCUCAUGAAUGAUGCUAUCUUCUUAUUGGAUGAGGCUAUUCAGUACUUGAGUAAAAUUAAGAUUCUGCAGCUUGAGCGUGACAGAGGAGAGUGGGAAAGCCUGACCCCUGACACCCGAAGAGAAAAAGAGUCAAGCCUGCAGAUGUUUGGACAACUGGGACGCUUCCACAACAUCAUGUCCAAUGAGACUAUCGGCACACUGGCCUUCCUUACCUCAGAGAUCAAGGGCAUCUUUGUGCACCCAUUUCUGGCCGAGAGGAUCAUCUCGAUGUUGAACUACUUUUUGCAGCACCUGGUUGGUCCAAAGAUGGGUGCACUUAAAGUCAAGGACUUCAGCGAGUUUGACUUUAAGCCACAGCAGCUCGUUUCUGACAUCUGCACAAUCUACCUAAACCUGGGUGAUGAGGAAAAUUUCUGUGCCACAGUCCCGAAGGAUGGACGAUCGUAUUCGCCGACACUUUUCUCCCAGACGCUCCGUGUGCUAAAGAAGAUCAACAAGCCUGGUGACAUGAUUGUGGCGUUUGGACUCCUUGCAGAUAAAAUCAAGUCCCAUGCAGACAGGCAGCAGCAAGAAGAGGAAACGUAUGCAGAUGCUCCAGAUGAAUUCUUGGACCCCAUCAUGUCCACCCUGAUGUUGGAUCCUGUUCUUCUUCCCUCUUCUAAUGUUACUGUAGAUCGUUCCACUAUAGCAAGACAUCUCCUCAGCGACCAAACCGACCCUUUCAACCGCAGUCCUCUCACCAUGGACCAGAUCAAGCCAAACACGGAGCUCAAAGAGCAGAUCUCACAGUGGUUGGAGCAGCACAGGCAGGACAAGCAGCAGCAGGGACCCAGUGGCUAGCCCCACAGUGGAAAAACAGUGACUUCCCCCUUUGUUGUUUUGCUCCUUUGCUUCAGUGGCAAAUCCACAGUAUGCUUUCCUCUGUGGAUUUCUUCUUACUUCUCUGCUGUAGCCGCUUAUUGCAUAAGCCCACUCAUGCUUAAUGGACCCUCUCUGUGACAACAGCCCAUGCAAACUUCACUUUAAAAUCAAUAAACUGUAGCCGUUCUCCUCACCUGGCGCCCUAUCGGGUUAACAUUUGCAGGAUGAGGCUGCCUCUGCUUGCGCCGUUAUCGCAGAGGGAUUUAGAGCCAGAAGCAGCAGUUCAGUGUGAAUCUCCUAACUGACCUUUUUACAAUGCAAGGUAAGUAUUUUAGACAAGUCAUGGGUUAAUGACAUAGAAACACGAGGUGUUUAACAUUUCAAACUGAGUUUAUUCUUGUGAAGAAUACCAUACACUGCCUUUCAAGUUCACCAAGACUCCAUACAUUUGCACCUGCUGGUUAAACAUCAAUUGGCAGGCUCUUUGUAAAUAAAAUUGGCAACGUAAUAAAACUAAACAUCCAUAGAUUUUAAUUGAUUAACAAUAAAGUUCUACAUUUAGGCAUUAAAAACCUUAAACAUUGAAUUUGUGUUUUAACACAGAUUGUAAAGACAUUUUUUUAAGUGGGGUUUUAUGAAGUGUAUUGAUCCAUGUGACUUCAAUUUCCUGAAUGUGGCAUGAGGGACUAUCAUUGUCCCUGAUGAGGGACAAUGAGAGACUAGGGACUCUCAUUGUGCCUGAUGAGGGACAAUGAGGGACUCUCAUUGUCCCUCAUGCCACAUUCUCUUAAGAGUUGCUUUAGUCAAACUAAGAGCAACUCAGAAUGUGGCCUAAGCAAGAGUAAAUUUUGCUACAGAACAAAUUGAAAACAUAAUUUUGAGUUAAUUUACCAGGAUUUUUUUCAGAUUCUUCAUGCUGGGUUUGUGUUUUGUUCAUCAACUGCAAGUUAUACACUUUCUUCUCAUGAGUACUCCACACAACCACUCAAAAAAAAAAAUUAAGUUUUCCUUUAAAUAUUUUCCUGCGUAAAAAGAAAUCUUCCUUGUUGGGUGGAAGGCCUUUUUGUAGAAUAGUAGAGAGUUGGUCUACUGCCAAAUGCUCUCAAAAUUUAAAUUUUGAGAGCAUUUGGCAGCUUUUCAAGACAAUCUGGCUGACAAGCUUCAUGUGUGAAAUUAUGGAUCACCUCUGUCAGACACCUAGCAGUGGUAACGGGCAACUCCUUAGAUAGUCUUGGCCCAGACAGGUAAAUGCAAUCCAGAUUUUAUUUUGUGUCAUCACUGUAACAGAAUCCACUUGCCUGUGUUGUCGUCUUAAAUUUGAUCCACUGAUUCAAGUUAUUUCCAUUUACAACCACACUCAUUUGAACUAAAAAGCAAAAAAGCAGCUAUUGUCACCCCUUUUCAUCCUAUAAAGCAAAACUUACCAGAUCAUAACCGGUGAACCCUUUGAGCACUUUUCCUUUCGGUUUAAAUGUAGUGCAUUAACAUUUGAGCAAACAGUCGAUCAGUAGAAUUGGUGCCUAAAACCCGGAUGUUUGCUGUAAAUCUCAGUAAAUGAGUUUCAUACCUUUAACAUGCACAUGCUAAUUUGUUUCUGUGAGUAUAAGCGGCUUUGCAGAAGAUUGUUGUAAAAGAAAAGGAGAUUACAUCUCCAGUGUAUUUGAGUUAAAGAGCUUUAACUCAAGUAGGAGGUGAUCAAAUGUGAGGAGUGGCUUUGUUGGCAUGCUCUGAUUCUGUUUUAAAUAUUUACCAUCCUAAUGGUCUCAUGGUUUAAAUUACAAUGCAAUACUUUUGUUUUAAAUGUGAUUUAAAAAAAUAUUUUGGAUGUACAGUAUGACUGAGAAAUAAACUUAAGUAAAUUAUAAGA